UUCUUCAUGAGGACGAGAGAGAAGGGAAUCUCAGCAUCAGCACUUCCCAUGGGAUGCAUUGAGCUUGACUUGCUCCCGAGAAACACCACCCAGACCCUCUCUGGGAUCUCUGCAUGCUGUGUGCAUCCUGCUGGGAAAUAAAAAGUGCUGUCCUAGUGCCACAGAUUCUCCACAAAAUUUGGAAGUGCAUCCAAAACUGUCUUGCAUGGGGCAUGAGUGGUUACGUAUUUGGGGCAUGUUAGUGUAGAAACUAUAAUAUUAGUGUCUUAUGAAGUGAAAUUUAUGUGUGUGUGGUAAUUGCUCAGUUAAUUUUAUUGUAGUGGCUGGGCUACAUGGCCUGUGACAAGCACUUAAGGAAUCAGCCUAAUUAUUAUGGAAAGCCUCCCCAUGUAGGAUGUGUUUUCUAAGAAAUGAAAACCUAUAUGUCUGUUCUGAUAAAAGUACAUUAUUCAGAACUGCUCUUCCCUGAGUAGCAACAUCAUGUGGGCAAAGUUAAGGGAAUAAGACAAUAAGCAUGCAUACAUUUUUUUAAAAAAAGAAAUAACUAAUCUUGGGAAAAGGAAAAAUAAAUUACUGUGUUCUGCAUUUUUAAAGUCUGUGGCUGUAAGGACAGGGCACAGCUCCUGACCUCCCCCUUCAAGUUACCUCCCACUUGUAUGUUUUUUACUACUGGCUGCCAACAACAUCUGAGGGAGUUAGUUUAGUUUCAUCUUUGCCAGAGCCUCUUUGUGCAGGGAGAGGAGGCAAGGCUGCUCACCAGAAGAGGGCCUGGGAAUGGCUGCCCCAACCGUAGUGACGAUCCAGCCCCAAUUCGGCGCGGCCAUGUCCUCUGUCUCCAGGUGCACGUGGCAGACAGGCCUGAUGGACUGCUGCUCCGACUGUGGCGUCUGCUGCUGCGGGAUGUUCUGCUUCCCCUGCCUGGCAUGCCAGGUGGCUGGGGACAUGAACGAGUGCUGCCUGUGUGGGACCAGCGUGGCCAUGAGGACCCUGUACCGCACCCGAUACAACAUCCCGGGGUCCAUUUGCUCUGACUACUGUGUCACCCUGUGGUGCACUGUUUGCUCUGUUUGCCAAAUGAAAAGAGACAUCAACCGCAGGAGGGAGCUUGGCAUAUUCUGAGGCUGCCAUCCUCGCUGCAUCCUUGGAGCUGCUGCAAGCAGGAAUCACCACUGCUCUGACUGUUGGGAAAUGCACCAUGUGGAGCUUGCCUUGACUGCAUUUGAUUUUCCCUACUUAACUGCAGAAAUAAAGUUUUGAAUUUGUCUUCCUA